UUGUGUUUCAGGGCCCCGCAGACGGCGCCAUGGGCCGGACGGGCUACACGUGCGUCCGCCGCACGCUCUGCUGUUACAACCUUCUCUUCUGGAUUCUCGGCUGCGGCGUGACGGGCGUGGGCGUGUGGCUGCACGUGGCGUACGGCGGCUACUCGACGCUUCUCCCCACCCACCGGGUGCUCAGCGCGGACGGCCUGUGCCUCACCGCGGGCGCCAUCACCUUCCUCGUGGCCUUCCUCGGAUGCUGCGGCGCCUGGUUCCAGAGCCGGUGCAUGCUCGCCACGUACUUUGUGCUGGUGAUCCUCAUCUUCCUGCUUGAGUUUGCUGCUGGAACUCUAGGCUUCAUCUACCGUCGGCAUAUUGGCCAGUCACUGAUGGAAGAACUGAAGGUGGGUAUCGAGCACAAAUACGACCCAGACAGCGACAAUGGGCUUGCCGAGCUCUGGGACCAGAUACACACAAAGUUCGAGUGUUGUGGUGUCCACAGCUACCGCGACUGGCACCGCAUCUCAGCGUGGCCUAACGAAGAGUGGGUGCCCCAGUCGUGCUGCCUGGAGGAAUUUGUCAAUGGCACAGCCUGUGCCACUUCCAAGAACCCGCGUCUCAUCCACGAGGGGGGCUGCUACCGCAAGCUGCACCUGUGGAUCAUGAAGCGGCUCUACAUUGUGGGCAUCGUGUGCAUGAGCUUUGCCUUCGUCCAGCUGUUUGGCCUCAUCUCAGCCAUGCUGCUACUCUGCACAAGUGCCGAGAAGAAGAAAAAGAAAAAAUACAACUCGAGGUACAUCCAGUAUGCGGCAAUGGUCUGAACAGGCUGCACGUUGGCCUUGUAGGGUCGCCCAUGGAGACAGCGCCAUUGGGAAAUGGUGCUUCAAGCCACCACGACUGUUUGUAUCAAGUGCAUGCAAGAAUGCAGGCAAGAUGAUCCCACUGCUGCUCAGCAGUCAUUUCAAGCAGGAAAGCGUUGCAUUCGUGACUGGUCAGUGGUGACCAGGGCCAGCUACUGUUAUGAACAGAGGCAGUUUGAUAGCUGUGUGCCCAUCCUACUGCUGCUGCAUUCUGACUUUGUCACAAGCCACGACCCAUUCGAGUUCCAGCGCUCCAUUUCCACAGGCUGUGCAGGCGUCGCUUGGGUGUGGGGCCUGCCUUCUGUCGACAAUGUGCACACAUUGUCCUCUGUGAUGUGUGUGUGUGUGUGUGCGCGCAUUAAUUGAAGACGUUUCAUGUGCAUCCAUCACAGGGGAACCCGCGACAUUGUUUCUGGAUGUAUUUGUUGUUAAGGGGCUCACUAUCGCAUUUAUAACUUUUCAGGCGAGCUAUAAGUUUCAACUAGGAGGGACCUUCUUGAAUGUGACGGAAGGCAUUGCUUCUUUCAUUCAUAUAUUUCUAGUUCAUUUUUUUUUUUACUGUGCACACAUGAAAGUGAGCCAGCAUGGGCAGUUCUGUCUUUACAAAAGCUGCUGGUGUGAAGCUUUGCUAGGACACAGGCUCAUGGCAGCUAUGCAAGUUGGCCGGCGUGUUUUGUAAACAAGCGUUAAGAAUGCAUGCUGUUGGUGGCCGGCAGGUUCUUGCAGGAAAGUGAGGCAUGUAAACAUACCUCCUGCUGUUCUGUUCUGCCCUCAAAGUGUGAACGGUGCCUACGUUGCUCUGCCCAUCGUGUACAAAUCUUACUGUCUCCAUGCUGAGCGCUGUGCCAUGUAACACUUCUCUUCUUUUUUUGUUUGUGUGAGCGUUUGUUGGAGGUAAUUGUCCUGUCUUGGUUUACGAAUGCAUUGACAGAAUUGCCAUCUCUUUUUGUUUGGGAUUUUCGAUUCCUUUUUCUUUCAACAUACAGUCAAAGUGAAGUCUUAUUCAAUUUUCAAAUAUUUGUUAUUAGAUGCAGUAUAAGUUAUUAUAAGCAUGCAUUUGAGACAUGCAGAUUUUGUCGCAUCAAUCUUGAAUUUAUUGCCUUAUGUAAAAAAAAAAUUCUGUCAGUGGGAUAUUAUUAUCACAAAGUUGUAUUCAGAAUGAAAAACACCAUUGUUAUAUCGUAUACCAAUUAUAAGUACAUCUUUGUUACAUUCUGUUAUUUGCCAGAAGAAAAAAAGAUGUGUGUUUAUUGUGUUAUAUUCUAUAAUUCUUUAUAUGCAUGCUUACAAUGUGAGGUAUUGACUGUUUAGGGUGAAUGGAAGGCUCUGCACUUGCAGAUCAAUGAUUAUGGGGACUGUUGGCAUUGUCUGUCAAAGAGCACGUUUCGCAUAAGUGGUGGUGGCUUCCGUGUUUUGGGCACUGGACUGCCGAGGCAAGCUCUAAUGUCGAAGAUCGGGUGGGACGCUCUUUAUAAUGAUAUUAAGCUAAAGCUCACAUAGUGAGUAAGUUAAUGAUUAUUAGGCAUGUGAGAGAACAUAAGUUGAGCGUAAUUGCAUUCUGUAUUACUGUAUUUGUGAGAAGAGCUUGCAAUGCACAUUUAGACAUUUUCACCGUCUAUCGCGGCAUUUCAUUUGAUGCGCUGCUGGAAGACCACCUCAUUUCGUGCUGUAUCACAAAGGCUUGCGGAAAGUGAAAAGCGUGCUUGUCGCAUGUUUGAAACAUGCUCUUUCAUUUGUUUUGCCUUUUUUUUUGGACUCAGGUGACUGUACCACUAUGUUCUCUUUUCGAAUAGUGCUACUAAGUUUAGCAGGUAUUUAACUAUUUAACUGGAAGGCUGCCCUUUUUUAUUUUAUUGGAAAGUGUUGUUAGCAGCAUUUAGUAUUGCUUCGCAGCUACAUGAAAGCAAUGCAGCCGGCUUGCCGUGUGGAUAGAAGAUAACAGUUUAGGACGUUUCCUUAACAGUGAUCUUCAUUUGGUAAAUUUCUUUUUUUUUAUGCUCUCUAUUUUUCGCAGCUACGAUUUCUACAAAGGGAACAAUAUUACCGAGUGUCGCCUGUUGCAGCUAUCUAGGCAUGCGUGCGUGCCCAGCUUUUUAUACAUUCCACGUUUUUCACUUCCAGCUUCAUCGUGUUUUGCUUGAGCUCCUCGAGUGACGUUUUGCUACGCCGUGAGAUGCAUUCUUGCUGGUAGUCUUUAUUUUAUCUUCUUUUUCCCAACAUGUUGGGCAGGAGCGUUUCCUCUCACGCACAGAAAUAUUCAGGCUAGUCUAAUGUGAGCGGGGGCUGAAACACAUUCCAUUUGUGCACAUAAAGAAGAGAGCGAUAGUAACGCCUGCGUGCAAAGCUUGCGUAGUCUCCUCUUGUGCCUCACUUUCUGUCUCCAUCGCCGAGCAGUAGAUGGUAAACGUUAUGGUCCUUAAUGAAGACUCUGAAAGGGGGUGUAAUGCUUGUGCAGCUCAAUAAUUUACAUCGCUUAGUUUGAAGCUAGUGAAAUAUGUCAUUUCAGCCACAUACCUGCACUCGUGCGCGUAUUUGUAUGGGCAGUCGUUAUGCUCCAGAGUAGUCCUUGUGGUGAGGCAAGCAGCCACUGCAGUGUUGCUACAAGAGGCGUCAUGCUUCGAAAAAAGAGGCACCGAUUAACCCCCACACUGCACUGCCAUUGUGUGGAUACUGUUGACAGUAAAGCACAAGAAAAAGAGGCCGUCCAACUCACACCAGGAACUACUAAUUGGAGCUUUUUUUUUUUUCAAAUCGGCGUAGUUCUUCUGACCGAUUUCUGCAGCCACUGGUAACAGCGUAAGCUGUUGAGAGGACCCUUCAUCUUCUCGUUACGCGUACUGCGAUGACGCAAUAGUAAAAGUCGAUAGCUCCACAAUAUUUUUUGUUUGUUUGUCGGAGAGGACACGGUGAUAGUCACUGCUUGGACUGUGGCUACAGUGAUGACAGCUUCGGUCGCCAGGUCUGUUAACUGGGCACAAAUGUACAAGUCUUGCUCACUUUCUGCAGUCUCAGAUGCUGUGCCACAACUGUACGCUUUAAGUGCAUGUAUAACUUGCCUUCCUACUAACUCCAAAGCAAGAGUGUGCUGUUGUGAGUGAGUUCCUUCAAAGUCAAAUAGAUGUCGGUAUCUUCGGAAUGUUUUGCAUCCACUCGCUGCACCACAAACUCGCGUGUAAUAGGCGAUCGAGAUUUCAUCCAAGCAGUUAGCGGGAGGCCUAUUGCCUGGAAGGUAAAUGAGGGGUGAAGGGAACUUGGGCAUGGGAGGGUAGGCAGCCGGUUUGUUGGUGUCAGGCCUAACUUUCACGGCUUUCUUCUCGGGGAACACGUGAAGCCAUCGUGACCUUGCCGCUGUGAGUGGUGUAAGAACAGUGUUCGCUUAUAACUCUUGUUGAGCAUUGUUAAGAAAUGGCAAGUUUUAAGCACUGCCAUUCCUUUUCUCUGCAAUGCUAAAGUUGGGCGUAGUAAGAACCACUUGUACCUCGCAUCUCGAUGUAUUUUUACUAUGCUGGCAUAGUAAUAACCGACACAACUGACGACAGCGCUCACUUGUCUAGUGACUUGCUAGAAGUAUCGAUGUUAUUUGUGGACACUAUUCUCCUCAGUCACUGUAACCACUGCCUCGGCAUGAAACACGCAUAUAGCAACACUAUAUUUACUGUUGAACGAGCACACUGAUAUCUUGUCCUUUUUAUUUAUGGGGACACAUACUGCCGCACACGGAUGCAUAUCUAUAUUUAUCACUUUUCAUUGCAUGCAAGCCAUAGUGAGACACGUGGUUCCUGCAGGGGAAUCCAGGCCGACUGCUGUGUUAUGCGUUGUAUACUUGAUGAAUGUCGCUCAAAAGAAGGAACGGCUUCGCCGCUUUUCGACACUCUGAAGUGAUGUGAUGCUGGAGGUCUGUCGUAUGCGUAUCUUGCCUUAUGACGUUUUCACGCACUUACCUUGUUCUUGUGAAUUUUUUUUCUCGUUUUUUUAGCAUGGCUACUGCAGCUGAAGUUUUUUUGUUUUCUUGACUGCAACUAAGUUUGAAUAGAUUCCCCUUAAAAAUGAGGUCUGCUUGCCAUGCCUCCGUUGUCGGGAUGUCUUUACAUAUGAAAUGUGCCUCGGAAUUUUGUCCUUGCUUUGAUGCUUUCUUCGUGCUAGGUAAUAAUGUCACUGUGCUGCCAGAUUAGAUAACUAUGCUGUAGGCUUUAUGAAGACAGAUCUGUUCUUUGUCGUUCUUUGUCCUUUCAACUUUUCUUUCUUGAGUCCUCUUUAGUCAUGAACGCUUGGGGUCCAUGACAUUUCUGUGGAAUCAGAUAUAAUGUGGUUGUAGUUCUUAACGUCAACAUUUUUUAUCAGCUAGGGAUGCAAGGCCGUUUGUUAUAGUUAAGCUGCCAACGAGUAACUGCCUUGUUUUUCUGAUUGCCGUCUCUAGGUGUGCUUCCCCCUGUUGGGCUCAUAGUGGUAACAGUCCACAGAGUGGACCAUUCUCGUGUAAAGCUAUUGGAAUGCCUUUGAGAACAGCGAAUUCUACAUAUUUGUCAUGUGUGUGUACGCGUGUAUCAUUUUUUUCUCACUCGACACAGCUGUCAAACGCACAUGGCUCAAUUUGCUGCAUUCAUUGGAUCUUUUUCCUCGUGUUUCUGCCGUUUCGUUCUGUCACAUACAUCUGCACUGCAAGGAACAUAUUUUUUGAAAGUCAUAUCUGUGUAGCAAGCCUCUUGGUUUUUUGCUUGUCAAUAAUCUGAUGGUUUACACCCUGAGUGAGAAUCCGGAAAAAAACACUGUUUUAUUGCAUAGUGGAUUUGCCCACUCCUACUGUGCCCUCUUAUCUAGUGUGUCCUGUCGUGGUCGUCAUUCAGCUAGGACUGCCUCAGGCUUUCAAGUACAUGAAGACACAAAAUAUGCAUGAUCCUACUUCGUCGCUGCAGCUGCCUUUUUCUAGGAUCUUCAGUGUCUGUCACGACAUGCAAAGUUGAGCAAAAGAGCUUACGCUCACGUAUGGUGAUGCCACAAUUUGAACUGUUUGCGUCUGACUGCCUGUCACCGUUGAGGGUUCUCCUUGGUGUUUUUCUCACCCCCACAAUUCUUCGUGUGCUUCUUGACUCUUUGCUGCUGAUGUGACAGCCGAGGUGUCACCGCACUAUUGCUCCGAGGUGAAAACUGCAACGUUGCUGGUGCUAGAACCUUAUCACUUAUUUGCUGAAUGUUGCCAAACGAGAUAACCGGCUAUACGUGAAAAUGUCGCGGGUUCAAUCCCGGCCGCGGCAGUCGCAUUUCGAUGGAUGCGGAAUGCUAGAGGCCCGUGUACUGGGCGAUGUCAGUGCACGUUAAAGAACACCAGAUGGUCAAAAUUUCUGGAGCCCUUCAAUGCGGCGUCCCUCAUAAUCAUAUCGUGGUUUUGAGACGUAAAGCCCGAGAUAUUAUUAUUAUACGUGAAACUUAUCAACUUAUUAAUGGCUCAUUCACGCUCAGCUUUUGCCCAGAGUAUGCAUUUCACAGAAUGGUUCACUGUGCACACAGUUUUGUACAUUCAGGUGCAACAGUUACCCGCUUAUUCAGAAAAACCAGCUACCCAUUAUCUGCAGCGAUGAAAAAUGAACAAAUAUGGAAUUUGCGAGACUGGAACACUGUUGUCAUUUUUCACUGUAAGCAGUAAAAUACAACAUGUAGUGUGUUUUGUUCCAACAAUUCAACACACACUGCAACGGACUAACAUCGCGACAUAGAGACAGAACUGGGCCAGUUCUCUUGCACUGAGAUGAAAAUUUGUUCUGCAGACAGUAUACACAUUUCUGCCUUGCAGUGGAUGAAAAAAGGCAGUCACUGCGCCAAAUGCUUAUGUACUUCAUGCAUCAGUGAAAUGAGAUCUCAGCGCAAAAUUUGAGCACGAAUGAGCCUACGGUUUGUCAGAAUAGUGAUAUGUGCGUGGCACUCUUAUGUAGCAUUUUUGUAACAUGCACGAAGGUUUAUGCAUAUUGGCUACAAAUAAUGAGCGAAGCUUGAGGCUUUUCCCUAAUUUUUUUACUGCUCAUAUAUGCGCACUCGGCCGAGACGUUCGCUUUAGUUUUAGAAAUUAUGUGGGUUGAGUUUCCUUUGUCUGUCAAGAAGCUUUGUCUUAGUGUGGAACAAGAAACAAGCAAGUCGUUUUUCUCAAGCUGGAAUUGCAUUAUGCUUGUCAGAACUUUGUGGACCAUGCUAGACUGACGAUUUGACUGACGACGAUGCCGAUACUUCUUUACCUUGCAGUGCUCACUGCCCACACUUCAGCACGGUGAAGGAGUGCUGGACUGCUUGUCCAUCUUACUGUGUUUUAAAUAGUAGUUUGCAGUACUUUGUUUUCUUCCACAGCAUUCAGUAAUUUUACCUUCUUCGCUUGCCACAUGACAAGUUACUGUUGGUUACGGAACAUCGUUCACCUGUCAGUGCCUGAGCCACUUGUGGCUCUGCAUGCUAGGGUUUAUGCUAGAAGCAGUGUGCCGUAAGAUUCCCAUUUUUUCACAAUUGUUGCCUUGCUUUAAACAAGACGAAAUCCUAGUUCACUUGCACCAAAAUUUCAGUAAGCUUACUAUUCUCGUAGCACCUGUGCAGCCGAACUGCCAACAGCACGCUUCUGCAUUAUGUUGGUGCACGUCUGGCAUCCAUCGCAUUUUCAAGUGGUAUCUCAUCCCUGCGCGCGUCAGAGCAUGUGCUUUUAUGUGGGAGCAUGUUAGUCCAUGGCUGGCAACAUUGAUAGGACUAGACGUUUGGGUGUUGAGAAUGACAAUGCACAAUUUAGAGAUGACUUCUGGCACGUUUUCUGCUACACUGCUAGUGCGUGUCGGCAUCACACGGCAAAAUUUCUCUCCCCCCCCCCACCCCGAAUGCUUCGCAGUGGAUUCUACUUUGUAAUUUUUCAUUUGAAAAUUACUUCCUAGCAUAUUGCAUUUUUUUGUAAGAACUUUACAGCUAUCUGUGCAGAUUUACUGCUAGAAAUGUCGUAGUAUUUAGUUUAUGGAAGGCAGCUGUAAAUCAUACCUCACCAUAGUGUACAUGUUUACGUAUGCAUUCACAUUUUCUAUCUGCUCAUUACCGCACAGAGCACCGGGUACAGGCACCCGUGCUGGCACGUAACAGUGACGUACCCUGCUGUUGGCAUCAAAGAGGCUGUUUUCAUUACUGCUCGCACUGCUUUGCAAAACGGAAAUGAACGGGCAAUAUCUGUGUUUUCAUUUGACUCUUGCUGUUGUGUGUUGUACAGGGACAUUCAUCACUACACAGUAAAAGUGAGUCUACAGCAUGUUAAACUCUUAAAGGAAAUGCCAUACUAGUCAACUAAAGGCAGUAUAAAAGCAGAAUUGUUUCCAAUUUAGCAUGAGAAAUAGGGUUAUAUGUAAAUCAGACUUCCACGCAUAAGAAAAAUGCAGUCUAGAGGCUCUCAUGCCAAUUCUACUCUGCAGUAGAAGGCCUAUCAGAUGUUUCCUUUAAGGGUGACCCGUGCUGUGCAAAGAACAUGGCCAAGCCGGUAUUCGCUCCCUUGCAGUGUUGUGUUUACUAACAACCCUAAAGGUUGAUCAACUGCCUUGUCUGCUGGCCUGCAUCUUUCACUGUGUACGAAACUCGGGCUAGAUUGGUGGUGGUGGUGGUAGUAGUAGUAGUAGACGCAACGUCGCCUUGUAAGCCGAUAUAUAUCUCCUUGUUGAAGUUGUGAUGCUUCUGUGACUGACAGCAAACGAUUCAAAGUGUACGCACCUUUUUGGACCACUUUUAUGCUUUGCAGAUGCUCUGCACAAAAUGUGUAAUUGACACAUUGACAAAAUGUGUAAUUCACAUGUUGGUACAAUACUUGAAUGUUUUUACUAUGCAUUGAGCGCAUCCAUGUUGAGCUCAUAUUGCCUGCAUAUUGAGUGUGUAUUCUUUUCUUGAUAAUCGAAUCUGUGUGGAAAAAACCCAUUGUGUGCAAAGGCGUACGCGGAGAAAAAGAUCAGUAAUGUAAUGUCAUUAAUGUUUUGCGAGCUCAGCAUCAGUUACUUUUCAUGGCAUCCAAAUUUCCUGCCACCUAGUGGUGAAUUACACAGAACCCUAUCUCUCUCUUCCAAUUUUUAUUCAUUGAAGACAUCCUGUUUUAUACUUUCGGUGUCACCUUGAAUUUAACAUUCCAAAGCGUAUGAUGACACAGCUUGGGUCUUUUUUGGGUGUACGACUUUUUAUAUGUUAUUAUGCCUUUGUAUGCUUACGAGCGUCUUGUGGUGGGCGAACAUGUGACAGAGCUUUAGAAAGAAUGUUUACGAGGGAGCAGAAACGUCGUAUUUUUGAUAUAGCUUUCAAGGGGUAUCUGGCAUAUUGUCUAGUUUAAGUCUCGUUUGGCUUAACUAUAAAUCUAGCUUGCUUUUCUGAAAUGUUUUAUUUGUGCGUGCCAUUUUCUAGCGAAUAUGAGGCUAUGCAGAAAGACUGAAGGCAAAUGUUCCUGAAACAUAUCUUUACGCUUUUUACGAGGUUUCUCGUGUCAAUGAAAAGUACAAUGGCUUUGAAGUUGAUGUCGCUAAGUGAGUGUAAUGCUGGAUGGCACGUCAGCACAUAGAUUCUUUUUUUCAUGGCAGGGACACAGGAAUUCUAUGCCUCUCAUGCCUACAUAUAUGCGUUCUCCUCCGGUCAGCGACUGCAGGCAUAUCCCAAUGAUGACUACCCCGUGCAAAGUUGUCAAGUACAAAUUGCUCUCUUUUCUUCUUCAUAUGAAUAUAAUAGAUAUAUACAUACCAUAUAUAUAUAUAUAGAUAUGAAGAUUAUAUAUAUAUAUACACUCACAUAAAUGCCACCAUAUCUAUAUGGUUGUUGAAGUGAGAUAGGAAAUGAAGUUGUCACUAACUGUGCAUGUGUUUGCUAUAAAUGUGUAUAUAUAUAUACAUAAAUAUAAUUAGAAUGUGAGGCUGUAUCCAAGGAAAUGGCGAGGGCUAAAUAAAUAUUGUCUGUAGA